AUGGACCCACUCACCGCAUACGCACGCAUCUGGCUAUUACAGCAGCUCGAGCAGGCGAUCCUCAAUGGCCCAGGAUAUGCUCUCAAGGGCCAGCCGCUGCUCGCAAUCGCGUACCUCAUCAAUCUCAUCCUGGCGAUUCGGGCGGCAAGGACGGGAUCGUUGCACCGUAUCCUCGUGGCUCACGCGAUGGUCGUCGUGCUCUACCUUUGGCGGCUGCCGUACAUGUGGGACGAGGAUCACUGGGCGGUGCGCACUGACCUCGUCGUGCUAGUUGCUGCUUUGGCCGUCUCGCGGACAGCAAAGGCGGGAGCGGAGCUGCGUGCGGCAGUUUUAGCGGAGGCGUGUGCGAUCGUGCCGCUCAUCAUGUCGCUCUUCUACAGCGGCUCGGCCAUGUGGAAGGCCAAUGAGCACUUCUUCGACCCACGCGGCUCGUGUGGCACCAUGUACCUCACCACGGACCUCCGGCUCCUCGUCGGCGAGUCGGUGCUGCUCGGCACGCGCGCUGGGCAAGCGCUGCUCGCCUUCGUUGCCGCUUCCGCGCCGGCGCUCACGCUGGUGGUGGAGCUCUCUAUCGCGGCUUGUCUCCUCGCUCCGCCCCAGACCACGCUGCGGCGCUGCGGCGUCUUCCUCGCGAUGCUCCUGCAUCUGAUGAUCUCACUCACGCCGGCGCCGCUCAACGUGACCGAGUACUCGAUCGUGUGCCUCGUUCGCCUCUUCUUCCUCGUCCCGCACGCGACGGCCGCCGCGCUGCAAGACGCGUACGAGAUGCGCGCCUCCGCCAAGCUCGCGUGCGCGGCCGUCGCGGCCGCCUCCGGCGCGCUCAACCUCAAUCCUCUCGGUGUCGUCGGCACGCCCAUCUACGUCGCGCUCUUCAUGCUCUUCGCGCGCGCGCUGUACCUCGACGCGAGCACCGUGCCGGCGAGCAGCCGCUCGGCGGCACCGCUUCCCGCCGGUACCACCUACAAGAAGUGGCACGUGGCCGAGAGCAUCGUCUUCUGCUAUGGGCUCCUCGCGCUCGGCCUCGCCGACCAGGGCCCCAGCAAGCCGUUUGCCAACAUCCGCUCGUCGCACGGCGCCAACAACCACUACUUUCUGCCGCUCGGCGUGCUGCCGCGCCGUCUGAAGGGCCACCCGCCCUCGCUCGGCCUUGGCGGCGGCGUUUACCGCGUCGACGACUGCAACGCGACGGUCGUGAACGAAGUCUUCCCGGGCGAGCUUCAGCUGCACUCCGAGGCAGACGUGCGCGUGAUGCGCGCCGCGGGGCACACGGCGCGCCUCUUCUCGCCCGCGUUCGCGGUGAUCAUCGCGCCCUUCCUCGCGACGCCGAACGCGCCGGGGCCAAGCUUCGUCAAGUACACGCUGCCCGCGCGCGAGCUGCGCCGCCUGCUGCACAAUGCGCGCGCGGCGAACGAUCCGUUCUACCUCGAGUACAGCCACCUGCCCGACUACACGGGCGACGGAAGCGGCGUGGGCAGCGGCCACGCGGCCGUGCCGAGCCGCGUGCGCGUCGCGCUCGAUGGGCGCGGCAAGUGGACGUGCACCGUGCUUCGCCGCAUCAGCUGGCUGCCGGUGGGCGAGACGGCGGCGGAGUGCGAGCCGGGCGAGCUGGCGCUCCUCGGCCCGCCGCCGCUGUGGGUGCGCAAGCUGACGCUCGCGUGGCCCUACCCGGUGCUCGAGGGCGAGCCCGAGGGGCAGCGCGGCUUCUGCCACGGGGAGUGA